AUGAGACGCUGGUUCGCGGAGUGGUCACUUGCCGGCUUAUUCGCACUUGCAAAGGGAGCAGUAGCAGACUCAGAGGGCUCUCAAGCUCUACUCUCCUGCAAUUAUGAAGAUGGGUCGUUUAGGACGUUCAGAAGCCCUGCAUUUCCUUCCCAUUCGAUCCGGAUCAAAGAACAGAAUGACGAAGUCUGCGACGCAGGGUCAAAGCAGUACACUGGAUGGCUUGAAUUUCAAGGAAAACAUAUAUUCUUUUGGUACUUUGACAGCUUGAAUGAUCCCCUGACCGAUCCGCUCACAUUGUGGUUGACGGGAGGACCUGGCCCGGUAGGAACAGGGCUUUCGUAUGUGGAUUCUCAUCCGGAUAUCCCAACAAGUUCCAAAAUUGCUGCAGAAGACAUGUAUAUCUUUCUGCAAAUCUUCAUGACGGAAGUCUUUCCUGAACGCCGACAGACCCCCUUCCACAUAGCAGGGGAGAGUUAUGCUGGGCAUUAUAUUCCUACCUUGUCACGGGAGAUACUUCGGCAAAACCAGGUCUUUGAAAGGCCAGAGAUUCCACUUCAAUCGAUCUUGAUCGGAAAUGGCUAUGUUUCGCCGCUCGACACCCUGUACGGAUAUUACGAGACACUCUGCACGACGAAGCCAGGCGUUGACGAGCCUGUUUUCAACCAGACCCGCUGCCAUAUUAUUUCAGAGAACCUACCUAGAUGUAUCAGCAUUUAUGAGGUGUGCUAUCGAUAUCCAGACGAGGUCCUAUGCAAAGCUACGGAUGCAGUUUGUGGCGUCAUAAAGGAACUGUAUCACAACGAGUCACACGCAGGGGGACGUGACCCUUUUGAUAUCACUCGAACCUGUGAAGUGGACCACCUGUGUUUCUCCCAAACUCUCGAGAUUCAGAAAUACAUAAAUAAGCCUAGCAUUUGGGCUGCUCUUGGUGUUCCGGAAGCUGUCCGGAAUUUCUCCAUCGAAUCCACGGAAGUUGCUUCCGCGUUUGGGACUACCACUGAUCUGUACAGCAAUGUCAUGAAUGAGAUCAAGUACACAUUGGAACAUGGAGUGGACGUUUUGAUAUACAAUGGGAACCUGGACCUUGCAUGCAACACCGCGGGUAACUUAAGGUGGGCGGAGGCUUUACGUUGGAAUGGACAGGCACCGUUCACUUCAGAAGAUCUGAAACCUUGGUACUCGAAUGUAGGUGGUAGCAAAGUCAAGGCUGGGAGUUUCAAGGAAGUCUUCGUCUCAGUCCCCAACGCGGUCUCUGGCAAACAGCGCUUCGCGUUUGUCACGGUAGAUAACUCUGGACACAUGGUUCCGUUAGAUCAGCCUGAAGUGGCGCUUGAUCUUUAUCAAAAGUGGUUGUUUCAAAAAUCUCUCUGA